AUGUUUGUUACUUUCGCUUGCCCGCAGGUUCGCUCCCUGUUUUUGGAUAAUUGGGAACCCGAGCUGAUUGCUGUGAUGCGCAACCUGGGCAACCGCCUAGGUGGCACAAUCUUUGAGGCUACUGCACCACCCCCGCGGUCAGGCUCCCCCACCGCUAGCAUAAACAGUGUCAGCAACAACAGCAGCAGCAGCAACAGUAAGCAGGACGCCCUCUUGUUGACUGAUGACAUUACUCGGCCUCAACCUGGCCAGGGUUCAGUCAGUAACAAGCAGGUGCGCCAAGCCUGGAUUGAGAUGAAGUACACAAAAGGCCAAUUUGUUGAUUUUCCCGGUUCCUCCCUCGCCGACCUGAAGUCGCGCAUCCUCGAACUCCAUCGUACCUGGCGUUCGCAGAUGCACACGGCGUCGCCGGGUGAUCAUAAGCGGAUCGAUGCUCCGAUUGACCAUUCUGUAUCCCCAGUGUUAACGAUCCUAUCAACACAAGUGUUCGGCCGUGUGGCAAAGGUCGUAGAUCGUCGGCGACCUUCAGCCAGCCCCCGUCUUGUCAAGCGAUCCCAGAUGUUCUUGGGAGACGCAAAAGAGCUGGUUACUGGUCAGGGUGUUCGCAUCGAUGAUGCUUGGGAUGAAGACUCUAACAGAGUGGCUCUUCGACUCUCCAUUUCUUUGUUAAACGACAUUUCUCGCUUUCUGUAA